AUGCCUCCAGGAACCAGGUAUAUCCACUGCGAGAAGUCCAUCGCCGCAGACCCCAUUGGAGACCUCUUCGGGCGUGUGGAGAAGCAGGCGCGCAUUCCCAGCGGCCCCAACGGCAAGGAGCAGGUCGACCCAAGGUGGGUCAAGGACAACAUCCCUUUCUGCGGCGAAGCCUACCUGGCCCAUGUCCGCUAUGGCACCGACUCCGAGAACAGCCUCGACAGGCCGGACUUGAAGAGCCGGAGCUUUUUUCGAUUUUUGGAAAAUAAGGGGUACCCUCUUUUGGGGUCCUAA